AUGGAUUUGAGAGAUAUAGAACAUUAUUUAACAUCUUUGGAAGGUGGGUUGUUGUCGGAAGAUGACAUGGAGAAGUCUGAUGAAGAGGAGGAAAAUGUGCCUGAAAGUUACGACGGAGAUGAUUUACUGAAUAUGUUACAAAGCAAUGAGGAGGACACAGAAAACUCACAAAACCACGAAAGUGACCUUCCCUUGAUUGGAAAUGAGGCAAUAGACAACCAGGAUGUAGACAAUAGUGCCCCUAGAGUACAUAUAUUUUCAGGAUAG